AUGCUGAAAAAAGUUGAUCCUACCAACACAGUUCUAAUCACUUACUUACAAACCACUGAUACUUCUAUUGAAACUGGGGUUCUUUUGGCAAUAGAAGAAGCGAAGAAGACUAAAAGUUCGAAGAAGGUUGCUGCUGAAUCUUCUAAGAAAUCUGUCAAAGAAUCUAAAUUUACAAAAAGUCCGAAGAAGUUACCGAUUACAGAAGCUGAACCAAUCAAACCCGAAGUUGUUAUUGCUGAUACCCCAUCCACUCAAAAGGAAAUCAUUCCUUUGAAGACUGGUGUUUUUCGAAGAAUCAAGAUGAAAUCAAAACAUAAGAGUCGUUCACCUGUAACAAAUGUUGUUCGUAAACCACUUGUUUCGCAUCAAGGUGUUAUCUUUCGUGAGAUUCCUGUACCUGAUUCACCAUGUUCUAAGAAGCGAAGGGCAACUGAUAUGGCCAAACACAUAUCAAAGAAGAAGAAGAAGAGUAGGGUGAUCAUUUCAUCAAAUUCUACUGCUGAUGAAAAUGAAACAAUUCCAGAAACACCAGAAGCUGAUCUUCAGAACGAUUCUUCUCAUCUUGAGUCAACUGAUGUAAUGCCUCCCGAAGCUUCGGUUGCCAAGACAGUUUCUGUGGAGGCACGAACUUCUGACAUUUUUGUAAACAUAUCUCAUAUAGAUGAAAAUGUCACAUUAGGUGAGGAUGCUUUGCACACAGGAGACAAAGGUAAACCUUCGGAUGUUACCCCAUAUAUUAUUGUCUCUUUACCUGCACAACUCACACCUAUCAUUCCUACUACAUCCACAACUGAUUCUCCUACCUUUGAAAACAUCAUCAAACAACCAAUUACAUCUCUUUUUUGUUCACAAUGCACUAAUCCACCUACCAAAACUUCACCAAUUCAAGAUUCUUCUUUCAUGGAAACUGAACAUGAGUCCGAAGGUUUUGGAGGGACAUUUGAAAAUCUAGAGUUUGAUGAAGAAGAGACUGACUUCCCAGAUCACAUGCUCAUGACAAUGAAACAGUUGAAGAUAUUGAAUACAAAACUUAAUUCAAUUCUUCAAUCUCAGGCUGAUCUUGGGAGAGGAAAUUUAGUGACCAGUCUUGAAGUGGAUGGUCUGUUAAAGAUGGUUGAAGGGAGGAUUUCUUCGAAAGUUUCAGGAAUGAUAAAGGAUUCUGAGUCUUGUCUCCCGGAAAAAAUUGAUCUUUGUGAUCAUAGUAAUGAGAUAGGGGUCAAUGCUCAGAAAUCUACAUUUGAAGGUGAUCUGAAGGAAUUAAAGUGUGCGGCUAGGGAGUGUGCGGCUUGCAUUGUGUACACUUAA